AUGGCUCCUCCGGGACGACGACGACGUUCCCCAGGGCGAUUCCUCUCAUUAUACUUUCUCUUCUCCCUCCUUGCGUUACUCCUUCUCGCAGCUCUUCCCGUCCAAGUUUCCGCGGCUGGCUCCGCAAUCAUAGGAAUCGAUCUUGGGACAGAAUACAUAAAGGCAGCUCUAGUAAAGCCAGGGGUACCCCUCGAAAUCGUGUUAACUAAGGAUUCCAAGAGAAAGGAAGUUGCCGCUGUGGCAUUCAAGCCGGCUCGUGAACAGAAUGCCGUUUUUCCUGAGCGAUUUUAUGGUGGUGAUGCGCUCUCGCUUGCCUCUCGAUUCCCCGACGAUGUUUUCCCUAAUCUGAAAGUUCUCCUGGGUAUUCCGUUUAACGUUGGAAUUCCGAGCUCCGAUGGAAAAAAUGAAAAUGCAGUUAAGAUAUACAGGAGCCGGUAUCCCGCCAUUGAUAUUGGAGAGAUUCCACACCGGGGUACUGUUGGGAUUAAAAGCAAUAAGCUGGGAGAAGAUCGAGGUCGUGAACGUUUUAUGGUGGAGGAGUUAUUGGCAAUGCAGUUGAGACAGGUUAAAGCUAACGCGGAGGCGAUGGGUGACCGGAGGUCUCAAAUCGAGGAUGCAGUCAUCACCUUCCCGCCAUUCUAUACUGCAGAGGAGAAACGGAGUGUUGAAUUAUCAGCGGAGUUGGCCGGGCUCAAUGUUAUCGCUCUGAUCAGUGAUGGCUUGGCUGUUGGCGUCAACUAUGCUACGAGUCGAACUUUCCCCAGUGUAUCGGAAGGAAACAAGCCAGAGUAUCAUGCUGUGUACGACAUGGGUGCUGGUUGUACCUCUGCGACUGUUCUCCGGUUCCAGAGCCGGUCCGUCAAAGACGUUGGCCGAUUUAACAAAACUGUUCAAGAAGUGACAAUGAAAAACUUGGAGGACUUUGAUUUCAGUUUAUAUCAGCAGCUUACGCAGAAUGGCAAAUUGGUGGACGCACCUCUAGUAGGCAUCGAAACGACGAACUUGACUCAAUCAGUGGCCACCCUCAAAAAUACAUUCGGCUGUGCUCCCGCAAAUAUCACUACGAAGCUUUCUAUCCAACUUAGACCCCUCGACGGUAUUCCUGAACUUGUGUCUGCAAUUGUGAGCUGCCAGCGCAUAAGCGAGGAGAAAAAGGGUGUGGUUGAAGAUGUAAAAGAAUUCUUUGGCUUGGGCUCUAAGAAGAAUGAUCAACAACCACUUCAAGAUGACCCGGCCAAAGAGUCCAUCACUCCGAGCUCUAAAUCCUCAACGGCUGCUUCUGCAUCUACUACUACGGCUUCUUCCUCUGCCGGUAAAUCUGCAUCCGCAAGUUCAGCUGUGGAGCCAGAAAUCGAAACCUCUAAAGUUAGCAAAGGAAAAACUGAGACCAUACCAAUCGCCUUCAACGCCUUUGUCCUGGGCAUAAAGCCACCUUCAGAAACCGACCUGGCGCGCAUAAAGGGUCGUCUUACCUCAUUCGACGUCUCCGACUAUGCUCGUUUUAAGCGUGAAGAAGUAUUCAAUAACCUUGAAGCAUUCAUUUACCAAACACAGGAACUCGUCAACGAUGAGGCCUUCCUAAGAGUGAUACCCGCAGAUGACCUCGCCAAGCUCAAGGAAACUCUCGCAGAAGCAAACGAGUGGUUAUAUGGAGACGGAACAGAUGCAACCAUGAAGGACAUCAAAACAAGACUAGAAAGGUUGAAGCAAUAUGUUGACCCCGCCCUGAAACGGAAAAAUGAAUACUCCCUUCUUCCCUCCAAAAUAGAAGCGCUACAGAAAGUCCUUAGAAACGCAAAGACUUUUAUAGAUGCUAUUCAAAAAGAAGUAGAUGCGCAGGAGAGUAUUCGCUCUGCCUCAGAAUCAGCUUCACCAGCAGCCUCUACAUCAUCCAAUGAACCGCCUGCCCCGUCCUCGUCGGAUGAUUUCGUCUCUCUUGAAGACGAAUCCACCUACACAACAACAACCAACACGCCAUCUCCAAAAGCCACCCAGUCAUCCCUUUUCGCGGGGAUCGACGUCUCGUCACUUGCAAACACCCAGGCCAGUGUAAUGUCAUGGCUCGAGAAGCAACUCCCACUUCAAGAGCAGCUGAGCCAGUACGAAGACCCCAUCCUAACUACGGCGGCAAUUGAGGCAAAACUUCGAGAGUUGGAACUGGAAUUGAAUAAAGUUAUGACAAAGAUGACUGGUUCUGGUGGGGACAGCGGUAGAAAUAACAACGGGCGCUCUGGUGGUGAUGGGAAAUCAAAGCAGAAGACUGGGAAGGAGAAGAACAAAGACAAACAACAGGAGACACCAAAGGAAUCGCAGAAGGAGAAGGAGAAGGAGAAGGAGAAGAAGAAAGGCCGAGAUGAGUUGUAA